UGAACUAACCAGAACGAGCGCGCCUUCCAAAAACAAUUCGGUGUCAACCUAAACCGCAAGGUCAAGCCCGGCGUCACCAAGAAGAAGCUGCUGCGUCGCUCCCGCGAUGUGGGACUCGGUUUCAAGACCCCCCGUGAGGCCAUCGAUGGCACUUACAUCGACAAGAAGUGCCCCUGGACCGGUGAUGUGAGGAUCCGUGGACGCAUUCUGACCGGCGUCGUUCGCAAGGCCAAGAUGCAGCGCACCAUCGUCAUCCGGAGGGACUACCUGCACUUCGUGCGCAAAUACAGUCGUUUCGAGAAGCGUCACCGCAACAUGAGCGUCCACUGCUCGCCCGUCUUCAGAGAUGUUGAGGCUGGCGAUAUUGUCACCAUUGGCGAGUGCCGUCCUCUGUCCAAGACUGUGCGCUUCAACGUCCUGAAAGUCAGCAAGGGUCAGGGAUCCAAGAAGAGCUUCAAGAAGUACUAGAGCGGACAACCACCAUUCGGGCGAUAAUAUUUGUAGCAGUUAUUCUUUUUGAAUAAAACAGAAAAAAGUAACUUUAAA